AUGUUUAAUAAUGCUGGCAUUAUGCAUCCGAUGGAUGAUAACGCGUUAAAUACCGAAGAACGCAUCUGGGACCUGACAAUGGAUAUCAAUGUAAAGGGUGUGUGGUACGGAUGCAAACAUGCCAUUAUUGCCAUGCGCAAGAGCGGAGGAGGAUCGAUCAUCAACACUGCCAGUUUUGUUGCCUUGAUGGGAGCCGCUACCCCCCAGUUGGCCUACACCGCUUCCAAGGGAGCCGUUCUUGCCAUGACACGCGAAUUAGCCAUGGUUCACGCUCGUGAGAAUAUUCGAUUCAACUCGUUAUGCCCGGGACCCAUCCGUACGCCUUUGCUGAUGGACUUUUUAAAUACCGAGGAAAAGAAGCAACGACGCUUGGUGCAUGUUCCUCAGGGAAGAUUUGGCGAAGCAAUUGAACAAGCGUACGGUGCCCUUUUCCUGGCCUCGGACGAAAGUUCGUUUGUGACGGGAGUCGAUUUCCGUGUCGAUGGCGGUUUAGCAUCUGCCUAUGUGACUCCUGAAGGAUCCAAGUUCACGCGCUUACCCGAAGCGUUUUUGGAAUACCUUGAUGCUGAUGGCAUUUUCCUUCCCGAUGAAGGCCAACCCCAAGCUGCAACCAUUGAAGAGAUCGAUUCCGAUAAUGAAUCUACCACAUUCUCCGAUGAAGAACCCACCGAGAAACCGGAAUUUCCAGAGAUUGAAAGCAUGAUUCGCCAAGCGGUUGAAGAAUUCGACGGUGGGGUGUUUCCAAAGUUGAACUGGAGCUCGCCUCGAGAUGCGGCAUGGAUCACGCCAACGCAGUCCUUGAUGUGUACGACCCCUUUUGAUGUAUAUUUAUUGCUCAAAUCUUCCGAUUUUAUCAACCACGAUCUGCAUCAUGCUUUUGAUGACUGUGACGAUAAGGACAACACUGCAGACUCGACGCCUUUUCAUCUGGUCCUGCGCAAGUGGUACGACUUGCAGCCCUCAAUGGAGUUUCGCUGCUUUAUCAAGGCCAACGAAUUGAUUGGUAUUUGCCAGCGCGAUCCCAAUUUUUAUCAGUUCUUGGUGGGCAUCAAAGACGAACUGGAGGACAAAAUUCACGAUUUUUAUGAAGACCAUGUAAAGGAUAAAUUCGGCAGCGACAAUUUUGUGUUGGAUGUGUAUAUACCGCGUGAUCGAAGAAAAGUGUGGAUCGUUGAUUUUAAUCCAUUCUCUCCGACCACAGACAGUCUAUUAUAUACCUGGGAAGAGUUGGCGAAAUUCGAUGUUCAAACGGACGAACCCGAGUUCCGAAUCUAUGAAUCACAAGCCGAAGCCGAUGCUUUCUCUCGCAACGCGCCAAAGUUUGCUGCCAACAUGCUUCCCAAGGACGUCAUUGAUUUGUCAGAUGGCCGUUCUAUAGCCGAAUUUGCCGAAGAACUGCAACGAGCCAUGGCCUCCUCGGCCCUCGGUUCAUCGGACGACGAACAAGACGAAUCAUCGUAA